CAGCGAUAAGGAUAUAAAUUUGACCACCAUCUUAGUCCAGGUAGCAUUCCCCCAUCCUAUAUUGCACUGUGAGGUUUGGGGGAUUCAUAGAUACCGCACCUUCUAAGCCUAGUUACAACAAUAAAAAUAACUUUAAAGGAAUAAUGGAGUUUGCAGAUGCUGAUAUAGCACAUCCCAACGGAUACGAAGAGGCUCUGUAUCCGAUGUCUGUACCGUCCAUUCACUUCCAAGAUGGAACGUAUCCGACGUAUUCCGAGUGGCAGCAGACUCCUAUUCUUUCACCAGAUAAUGGACAGCAUCCUGCAUUUAUGGGAGUAUCUCCUCUUUCACAAAACAGUUACUUGCAAACUGGAACGGCAUGGACUUGUGAUUUAUCCACUGACUUCACGAUUAGUGAUUUUAACCAGUGUAGUGGAAUAGGGCAACUUAGUACACACGGACUUCAUCUCGCAUCUUCCAAUCAACAGACCGUUGGUAAAGACGGGAAACCGAAAAGAAAACGAGUACAGUCCAAAUCUCAACGGAAAGCAGCGAACGUUAGAGAGAGGAAACGGAUGUUCCACCUGAACACCGCCUUCGAUGAUUUAAGAAAACGACUUCCGGCAUUUAAUUACGAAAAAAGACUUUCCAGAAUAGAAACGCUGAAGCUGGCCAUGACGUAUAUUUCAUUCAUGAAAGAAAUCUCGGAAGGAGAAGAUCCCAAAAAUGUAAAACUCAAACCACACAAAGAAACAUACGACAUGUUCAGUCAGCAAGAACAAUUAGGCAGAUAUAGUGAUGAUUCGCUUAGUGUUUGAUUCCAUGUUCUUUCGACCAUGCAAUGGUAAGAUACAGAAACGAAACACACCAUAACUUUCCAAACUUUGACAAUGUGAAAAUCUGUAAAGGAUUAAGCACAAUGGUGUGCUGUCUUCCAACAAGACAUAAAGCAAGAAUUAGAUGGUUCCAUGUGCCAGCAAUGAAAACCAAUGUCCAUUAAGUAUUGUUUUAUGCAUAAGAGUUGAAAUUUAUGUUAAGAUCUCAUGUAAUUAUGAAAUGUUAAACAUUAUAGAAAUAUGUUUUCAUGGACGAGAGAAAUCCAA